AUGCAAGCAGCAUUAGGUCAUCGCCCUGAAACAGUAGCAAUUAAACAAUCUACAUUAAAUGGAGUGAAGAAUUUAUCUGUAGAGACACUGAAAUCAGUUUCAGAACAAGGGGUUAAACUAAUAGAUGAUUUAAAGAGUGAUCCUAAAGAGGAAACAGGACUAGAUACUGAAGAAACCUUUGAUUCAGAGGAGACAGCUGUCCAACAUUAUAUACAACCAUAUUCAAGUGAUGAAUGUUAUUGUACAUGUAAUAUAGAAUAUUGUGAAACUUGCCUAGGUACUAGUUUGUACAAUCCACAACCUCAGUGGCCAACUUGGUGGACACACAAAAAACAAUGUAUCCCUUUAUGGCAUAGAGAUAGUGAUAAGGUCGGAUUUUUAUCUAAGAAAGGUAAAAUCUUUCAUAAACAACGUAAAGGUGGAGCUAUUUCUUUAGUAUAUGAACGAGUUCUUAGAGAUAGAGGUAUUCAUGGAUACAAGUACAAAAUAUUGGAGGGUACAAUUACAGCUGCAGAUGGUAUUGGAUUUGUAUUUGCAGAUAAACUUCCAUAUUCCAAAAAUGUACAACAUAUUUGGUCUAUUUUUGUUAAUAGAAUUGGCCAAGUUUGUUAUAGAGAAGCUGAGAAUGUUGUAAAGGUAGAUACAACAUCACUUUUACCUUUAAAAGUUGGGAUGGAAGUAACUAUGGUAGUAAAUUUAAAUAGGUAUACAGCUUUUUUUCAAAUGGUAGAUUUGAAUAAUACAUAUACAAAUUGUUCAUUUAAAAAACCUAAAGUUGUACAAACUACACUUAGUUUUGAACGAAUGGCUAAUAUUAUUGAUUGUUCUAAAGGAUAUGUAUGUGCUGUAGUUACUGGGGGAGAUGUUUGUGUACAACUUGAACCUGCAUCUAUUGAAGCUAGCAAUUACUUAGAUGAUGAUUGCUUAAACAUUGUACAUCGCAAUAAACCAUUACCACAGCACUUAGUUAAUGAACUUCCACAUCCACUAUAUGUAUUAUUACCUCCAAUGCACGUCUUUAAUUAUUUACUACCCUAUUUCCCAAUACAAUAUUAUCAGAAUAUCCAAGGUAUGACGGGAAUUACACCUUUUAUUCCCUUUAAUGUAGCACCUAAUUCUGGUUCUUGUGCCAUUGUACCUUAUGGACAUUUAAUAUCUCAACCAAUACUCAUACAGAAUCCUACAUACCAAGUUAUACCUUGUACUUUGGUCAAUUCUCAAAAUUAUCCUAUAGCUUUAAAUAAUCAAAUAUUUGCAGUUGAGGAUCAACCUUUGGAAGAAUAA